AUGGAGCGCCCCGGUUUUCCCCAUGGGCAGCUGCCUCCACGAGCGCGAGAUCAAGAUGUUCAUAGUAAGGCCAAAAUCUUGUCCUGCGGUGGCAUGAUUGGCACAUCUAUUCUUUUCCCCUUGGCCAACGGCGAAGGGAACUCCUUCCGUACCAUCACACUCAUUCUGUUCAUCAUCACGGCUAUUGCGUUCCACGCAAUCUAUACAGAGCCGUUCAUUAGAUCUGGACCUUCCACGGCCCCAGUUGCCUUGGUCCUAUUAUUGCUUGUUGUCAUUGCCGCAGGCCCUACUAGGAAGGACCUGGUGCCUUGGCUUCCGCUCUUCGUAACAGCCUGGAGUCUUGUCACUCUUAUGAUUAACAAGCACAUGGCAACCGCGUCACCACACCUGUCAAUAUCAGCCGACUAUCCCUUUACAGGCGUCACAAUUGGAGCUGCAACGGAGCGGUCCUUCCGGUCCAUGUCCAGUCAGGACAGGCGCCAGCCCCAGUUUGAAUCCAACCGCCAAAACCCAUUGUACUUUGGACGACAUGGUCCACCCUCCAGGUAUUCCCAGAGGACAAGCACAAUGAGUUCAGACAUUUCUCUUUCCAGCAUGCCAGCGCAACGCCAGGAGUACUGGGAUCCUCACACCCAGGCCUUUUUUGACAAUCAGGAGAUGCAGGAACUUGCCCGGGAUUUGCCAGAGCCCACUCUUCCCAGGACUCAGCAUGACCAAGAGAGUGACUUGAACACAGAAACUGAGACUCAGGCGUCAGAGACGGCCCGCUUCUUGCUUGGUCGUCAAUAA